AUGAGUAAGUCAACAAUUGAUAGUAUUGAAUUAAUUUCUCGUCAGUUAUUGAUCAUUGGUGGAAUAAUAAUGAUCGUUUUGGGUCUUAUUGGAAAUCUUUUGAACAUCUUUGUUUUCACCAUUUGGUCUCGUCCUCGACAACGAAUAAAUCAUACUCUAUUCAACAAUCGGACAACAAAUAGUUCGAUGUAUUUACUCAUAUCUUCACUAGUAAAUCUGAUAAUCAUUGGAUAUUCGUUCACAACUCGAAUUCUUUUCGAUGGUUAUCAAUAUCAAGUAACAAGUAAUUUGGUAAUUCCUUUAUGUAAACUUCGAUAUUUCUCAUUACAUACAUUUAAUACAAUUUCAUUAACAUGUGUUUGUAUGGCAACAUUUGAUCGAUAUUUGAUUUCUUCACGAAAUGUUCGUCUUCGACAUAUGAGUACAACAAGACAAGGAACAAAAUGUGUUAUUUCCACGAUUGUUUUGUUAAAUUUCUUACACGGUAUUCCAAUCGCUAUUUAUUAUGAUGUUUCCAAGGAUGGACAAUGUUAUAUUACUUCACAAACUUAUUUAUAUUAUUAUCGUUAUACAUUUCAGAUCAUUCUUCAUGGAAUUUUACCAGUGACUUUCUUUUCCUUGUUUGGAGUUUUGAUUUCUAAACAGAUGAAAGAGAUGAAAAUUCGACAAGUUCAAAAUAAAUCAAUGAAUGUUGAUAAACAAUUAUUACGAAUGCUUCUCCUAAUGUCAAUAACGAUCGUUCUCUCAUCAGUUUCUUAUUCAUGUGAAAGUAUUUAUUAUUUAAUCUUUGUUGAUAGCGAUCGACAACAAAAAGGUUGGGUUUUAUUCGCUCAUAAUAUCUGUGCGCUUUUGUUUUAUACAACUUCUGUUGGUAGUUUUUAUAUUUAUUCGAUUUCAACACGUAAUUUUCGUUGUCAAGUACGAAAAUUGUUUUGUUCGAGAAAGAAUGUUUAUCAUACUCAAAAUUAUCGAAUGAAAACAGUGACUAACACAAAUUAA